UGAAUUGUGUGCUCUCCUGGGUAGAAUAAAAGCCAAGAUGCAACUUCCAAAGUAUCAUUUUUAUUCAUGAGACAACAUGUGCCAGAUGAAGCAGGUCCUUUACUGUGGUUAGUUCCGUUACUUCAGCUGCCUUUCAACAGUCUCUGACUUUGACUGAAUGACUUAUAUAUAGCCAGGAUUUCUCUUGCUGUGUUUUAUUCAGGACUUAAUAACCCUGUACAAUUUGCAUGUAAUAUUAAUUACACAGUCACAAAUUUGGAACCUGGUGUCUAUAUUUUAGACUGAAUUGCCAGGAUACUAAUUUUUGGUUUUAAUGACUGGAAAAUAUUUCCCCAAAAGCUGCUAAUUUUACUACAGAACAAACCAAACAGAACAAAAACACAGAAACUAAACUAACAUGUAAGACAUUUUAUGGAAGAUGCUAAAGAAAGAAUAUAAAUUCAAUACAAAUUUAACAAUAAACAAUAACAAUAAAAAUUAUGUCAAUUUUGCAUGGAUUAACCUAAUAUUGUAUAGAAAAUGAACAUAGUCAAUAAGAUAGCAGAGUCAGGGGACCGAUUUUUCAUUAUUCUUGGCAGAAUCAAAGAGUUGGAAAAUUUUAGACCAUGGACUGUUCUUGACAAUUAGAUGGUAUUAGCUCUAAUGCCAUUGCUCAGUUGUUUUGGGCUAUGUAUAAAGCAUUGGAUUUUAUGGAGGAAUUCUGGUAUAUUUUAUAUGACAUUGCAGGUUCUUAUGGGAUUUGGUUUCCAUCACUUCUUUAUUUGUAUUGCAGGUGCUAAAGAUAUUGCACACUCCCUCCUGUAAACACCUAAUAAAUUCAUGGAUGGAUAGGAAGGGUGUUGGCAGAGUGAGGAUCAUGGUUACCAGUCUCUGGUUAGUCUUAUGUUUGACAACCAGAAGUAAGGCACAUUCUUCUUUCAUUUACAUCACUUAUAGCCGGUUGGAUUUUCCCCAUCUUACAGCACCUCGCAGGUCCCUUCUCUGAGCAGUACAUUGCCUGAGUGAGUAGAAACACACAGAUCAGCUGCAGGUUUCUAUCUACAGAAACAGAGUGAAAGAAAAAAAAAAGGGUUGGAGAAGGAGAGACAAAUAUUGACUUGGCCUUAUAAAAAAAGACAUCCAACGGCUGAAUAAAGAAACCCUGUUCAUGUUUUGGGAUAUUCUUUCAACUGGCUGGAACGAGAGUGGAUCAAAAGAAUGGGAAAUGCCAGCAGACCCUUUGGAAGAAUUGCUUAUUUCCUAUGCCUUUUAUCUGUGCUUUUGCUGACUGAAGGGAAGAAACAAGUGAAGCCAAAAUGUCCUACCUUGUGUACUUGUACCAAAGAUAAUGCUGUAUGUGAAAAUGCCAGAUCUAUUCCACGCAGCGUUCCGCCUGAUGUUAUCUCAGUAUCCUUUGUGAGAUCUGCUUUUACUAAAAUCCCAGAAGGGAGUUUUUUGUUCGCACCGUCUCUGCAUCUUCUGUUGUUUACAUCAAACUCUUUUGAUGUUAUCAGUGAUGAUGCUUUCAUGGGCCUUCCUCAUCUAGAAUAUUUAUUUAUAGAGAACAACAGCAUUAAGUCAAUUUCAAGAAAUACUUUCCGAGGACUGAAAUCUUUAAUUCACCUGAGCCUUGCAAACAAUAAUCUCCAAACACUUCCAAAAGACAUCUUUAAAGGCCUGGAUUCUUUAACAAUUGUGGAUCUUAGAGGAAAUGCAUUUAAUUGUGACUGCAAACUAAAAUGGUUAGUGGAAUGGCUGGGCAGCACUAAUGCAACAGUAGAAGAUAUUUACUGCGAAAGUCCACCAGAAUAUAAGAAGCGUAAAAUCAAUAGCCUCUCUCCAAAGGAAUUUGAUUGUAUUAUUACAGAAUUUGCUGUUUAUCAGUCCCUCCCAUAUCAGUCUCUGUCAGUAGAUACUUUCUCAUAUAUGAAUGAUGAGCAUGUGGUUGUUGCCCAACCUUUUACUGGAAAAUGCAUCUUUCUUGAAUGGGACCAUGUAGAGGGGACGUUCAGGAAUUAUGACAACAUUACAGGUACUUCAACUGUGGUGUGUAAGCCCAUAGUUAUUGAGAGCCAGCUAUAUGUCAUUGUUGCCCAGCUUUUUGGAGGCUCCCAUAUCUAUAAGAGAGAUAUUUUUGCUAAUAAGUUUAUAAAAAUUCAAGAUAUUGAAAUUCUUAAAAUCCGAAAACCCAACGACAUAGAAACGUUCAGGAUUUCAGAAGACUGGUUUUUUGUUAUAGCAGACAGUUCAAAAGCUGGGUUUACCACAGUUUACAAAUGGAAUGGAAAUGGAUUCUACUCUCAUCAGUCUCUGCAUGCAUGGUACAGAGAUACUGAUGUGGAGUAUGUUGAAAUAGCUGGCAAACCUCAUUUAAUUCUAUCUAGUAGCUCCCAACGACCUGUCAUAUAUCAAUGGAACAAAGGAACAAAUGAAUUUGUUAAACGUUUUGAUAUCCAAGACAUGGAAGAUGUGUAUGCAGUGAAACACUUCACGGUGAAAGAGGAUGUAUACAUUUGUUUAACAAGAUUUAUUGGUGAUUCUAAAGUAAUGAAGUGGGGAGGUUCCACAUUUCUGGAUUUACAAAGAAUGCCAUCCCGAGGAUCAAUGGUAUUCCAGCCUCUUCAAAUAAACAAUUAUCAAUAUGCCAUUCUUGGAAGUGAUUAUUCUUUUACUCAAGUCUAUUAUUGGGAUGCUGAAAAAGCAAAAUUUGUGAAGUUUCAAGAAUUAAACAUACAGGCACCAAGAUCUUUCAUACAUGUUUCCAUUGAUAAGCGAGAUUUUCUCUUUGCUUCAAGUUUUAAGGGAACUACACUGAUUUAUAAACAUGUCAUAGUUGACUUAAGCGCAUGACAUCCAUAAUUCUGAGAUUACAUUAGACUUUCUACCAUAAGUGGACAAAAUGAACUAAAUGCAUGACAAUUCUCUUUAUCCUGCUUCCAGAUGAAUGCCUUUAAAAGUUGAGAUUGCUAGAACAAAGCAUUACUAGUAUCUUCAUCUUUAAUUGUCAAGUCUAGUGGUGUUGGAAGUUGCAUUUUUUAACAAAAAUAAAUUAAAUGGUUAACUGUUCUUUGCAUCCACAGUAUGUAAAUAUGUGUGCAACUGCAUCUGUUGCUAUGGAAAAAAAAUACUAAGAUGUAAUUUUCCAUUUAUUUAUUCACCUGUUUGAAAACAACUGCCAAAUAAAAUGUUUACAUUUUCUGUCUUUCA